UCGACUGCAGUUCCACCGCCAGCAAGAACGUGUGUUUUUGUUGCGCUGCUAUUUGUUUAAUUUAAUUUUUAAGUUGAAACAAUUAUGUCGGCGCAGUACCAAAGAUUCCUAAAAGUACUCGAAAAGUGGCCAGCGGAGAAAUCGAAAGUCGGCAGCGGAGAGUGGACAGCAGAGCCGGCGAUCAAGAUGAGUGGGGCCAAGAUCAUAUCGGGCACGGCGGUGGCCAAAUCCAUUCGCGAGGAGCUGCGUAACGAGGUGACGGCUAUGGGCAAGCAAUUGGCGGACUUUGUGCCCGGCCUGAGGAUCGUCCAGGUGGGUGGACGCGAGGACUCCAACGUUUACAUCCGCAUGAAGAUCAAGGCGGCUACGGAGAUCGGCAUCGAUGCCGUCCACGUCCAGUUGCCCCGAUCCAUCACCGAGGUGGAACUGCUCGAUAAGAUCAACGACCUCAACGAGGAUCCGCGGGUGCACGGCAUCAUAGUGCAAAUGCCCCUGGAUUGUGACACCACCAUCGACUCGCAUCGAAUUACGGACGCCGUUUCCCCGGAGAAGGAUGUGGACGGCUUGCACACGGUCAACGAAGGUCGGCUGGCCAUCGGCGACCUUGGUGGAUUCCUGCCCUGCACACCUUGGGGUUGCCUGGAGCUGAUCCGCCGUUCUGGCGUAGAGAUCGCCGGAGCCAGGGCUGUGGUUCUGGGACGCAGCAAGAUCGUGGGCACUCCCGCCGCUGAGCUGCUCAAGUGGGCCAAUGCCACGGUCACCGUGUGCCACUCAAAGACGCGCCACCUGGAGGAGAUCACCAGAAGUGCAGACAUUCUGGUGGUCGGAAUCGGAGUGGCCGAGAUGGUCAAGGGAUCGUGGAUAAAGCCCGGUGCCGUGGUCAUUGAUUGCGGCAUCAAUGUAAAGCCAGACGCCAGCAAGGCCAGUGGCAGCAAGCUGGUCGGGGACGUGGACUACGCGGAAGCUCUCCAGGUGGCAGGACAUUUGACGCCCGUGCCCGGCGGCGUGGGACCCAUGACGGUGGCCAUGCUGAUGAAGAACACCGUGCGCUCUGCGGCCCGAUUCCUGGAGCGUCUGGCUACGAACCAGUGGGCCCUACAAACGCUGCCCCUCAAGCCCCUGCGUCCCGUGCCCAGCGACAUUGUGAUUGCCCGAGCCCAAAAACCGAAGGACAUUGCCGUGUUGGCCAAGGAGAUCGGUCUGGAAGCUCGGGAGGUUUCCCUGUACGGCAAUAAGAAGGCCAAGAUUUCCCUGUCAGUGCUGGAGCGUCUGAAGGACAAGGAGGCGGGUCACUAUGUGGUUGUAGCCGGCAUGACACCCACGCCUUUGGGCGAGGGUAAGACCACCACACUGAUGGGCCUGGUCCAGGCUCUGGGCGCGCACAAGCUGAGAAACACCAUGGCUGCUCUGCGACAGCCAUCCCAAGGCCCAACCUUUGGCAUCAAAGGUGGAGCUGCUGGCGGCGGCUACGCUCAGGUGAUCCCCAUGGAGGAGUUCAAUCUCCAUCUGACAGGAGACAUUCAUGCGGUGUCUGCAGCCAAUAACCUGCUGGCCGCCCAGCUGGACACCCGCAUCUUCCACGAGAAUACCCAAAAGGACAAGGCCUUGUACGACAGAUUGGUACCAGCGAUCAAGGGUCUGCGGAAGUUCAGCCCCAUUCAGCUACGCCGGCUCCAGAAAUUGGGCAUCACCAAAACCGAUCCCAAUAGCCUUACCGAAGAGGAGUACGGUCCCUUCGCCCGGCUGGACAUCGAUCCGGACACGAUUAUGUGGGAGCGUGUGGUGGACAUCAACGAUCGCUACCUACGCACCAUUACCGUCGGGCAAUCGCCAACCGAGAAGGGGAUCACGAGGGAGACCCGGUUCUCCAUCUCGGUGGCCAGCGAGAUCAUGGCUGUGCUGGCGCUAUCCCGAAGUCUGGAGGACAUGAAGCAGCGGCUGGCUGACAUGGUAGUGGCCUUCGACAAACGGGGCAAGCCCGUGACCGCAGACGAUUUGGGUGUCACCGGUGCCCUAGCAGUUCUUCUGAAGGACGCACUCGAGCCCAACCUGAUGCAGUCCCUCGAGGGAACUCCAGUGCUGGUGCACGCCGGUCCCUUUGCCAACAUCGCCCACGGCUGCAACUCGAUCAUCGCUGAUGAAGUCGGCCUAAAGCUGGUUGGUAAGGAUGGCUUUGUCUGCACGGAGGCAGGAUUCGGAUCAGACAUUGGCAUGGAGAAGUUCUGCAACAUUAAGUGCCGGACAUCCGGCCGCAAGCCGAACGCCAUGGUGCUGGUGGCCACUGUGAGGGCCAUCAAGAUGCACGGUGGCGGAGCUCCCGUCACGCCCGGCGCCCCCUUGAACAAGCAAUACACCGAGGAGAACUUGGAGCUCGUCCAGAAGGGUCUGCCCAAUCUGCUGCAGCACAUCGAGAACGGCAAGGCCUUCGGCAUGCCAGUGGUGGUGAGCCUGAAUGCCCAUUCAGCCGACACUCCGGCGGAGCAUGAGUUGGUCAAGAAGGCUGCUCUGGCGGCAGGUGCCUUCGCCGCCGUAGUCUCCACUCACUGGGCGGACGGAGGAGCCGGUGCCGUUGAGCUGGCCGAUGCGGUGAUCAGAGCCUGCGAGCAGGGCAACCAGUUCCGAUUGCUCUACGAUCUGGAGCUGCCGCUGGUGGAUAAGAUGAACAAGAUCGCCACGACGAUGUACGGUGCUGGAAAGGUGGUGCUCUCGCCGGCGGCUGAGGAGAAGAUCAAGCGCCUGACGGAUGCGGGCUUUGGCAAUCUUCCUAUCUGCAUGUCCAAGGUCUCCGGCUCCUUCACUGGCGACGCGAAGAUCAAAGGCGCCCCCAAGGGCUUCACCCUGGACGUGGAGGACGUAUAUGUUUCCGCCGGAGCCGGCUUCGUGGUGGCCAUGUGCGGUGAGGUCACCAAAAUGCCGGGUCUUCCCACUCGUCCGGCUAUCUACGAUAUCGAUCUGAAUACGGAAACCGGACAAAUUGAGGGCUUGUUUUAGACUGCAACCCAGACAAAGGAGAACUUACCUAAUAACUUUCAAGGCAUUUUCAUACUAAAUUACAAAGUAGUAACAAAGUAGUAUAUAGAGAUAAGAUUUAAAAGUUGGUAAACUAAUAUACAUACAUUUCUGACGGUUUGUGGUUUUUUAAA